AUGAGCGAGACGGAUCCUACUACUUUAGAUGUGGCUGCUGUUGAGACGGUAGAGGUUGAAAACAAAGCGGAAGAAGCGGUAGAGGAGAUCACGCAGUCAUUAGAGGAGAUCCUGGCGCUAGGUCAAGGUUUAGAUGAUCAGGAUUACAAGGCUGAGCUGGAAGUGCUACAGAAUGAUCCGAAUUCGAAUUUAUAUUCGGCCGUUACAUUCGAAGAGCUCAAUUUGCCCGAGAAACUGCUAAAAGGCGUAUACAAUAUGAAGUUUGCGAAACCGUCCAAGAUUCAAUCUGUAGCACUGCCACUGAUCUUGGCUGAUCCGCCCGAGAACCUCAUUGGUCAGGCACAAAGUGGUAGUGGCAAGACUGCUACUUUUUCUUUAGGAAUGCUCUAUCGUGUCGAUGUCAAUCUCAAGUCUCCACAAGCUAUUUGUGUUGGUCCUACUCGUGAACUUGUGAGACAAAUUAUGGCUGUAGUAAACGCCAUGGGCAAAUUCAUUGGCGUCGAGACUUUUCUUGCUAUUCCAGGCAAUGACUUGGCUCGUGGAGAAAGUUUAAAGGCUCAAGUGAUUGUGGGAACGCCUGGAAAAAUUGAGGGGAUGAUUAAGAAGAAGCAACUGGACACUCGUGACGUGAAAAUUUUUGUGCUGGAUGAGGCAGAUGUGAUGGUGUCGGAGGACGGUAUGCGCGAGCGCUCUGUGGCUAUCAAGCGGCUGAUCAAGAACCGUGCUUGUCAGUACCUUUUAUUUUCGGCAACAUACGCUGACGACGUGCGUGAAUUUGCUCAGAAGAUGGUACCGGACCACAAUAUUAUUACGGUCAAGAAGGAGAAGCUGACUCUCGAUGGCAUUAAACAGUUCUGGAUCGACUGCAAGACCCGUGACAACAAGUUUCAGGUGCUUUCGGACAUUUUUGCUGUUUUGACUAUCGGCAAGUGCGUUAUUUUCGUCCAGCAGCGCGAGACCGCCAAGGAGUUGACGCGUCGUAUGCGUGACAAGGGCCACAUGGUUGGAAUCCUGCACGGUGCUGACAUGGCCAAGGAGGUACGCGACCAAGUCAUCGACGAGUUCCGUGCUGGCACGACCAACGUACUGAUUACCACUAAUGUGCUGGCUCGUGGUAUUGAUGUCGCGGGUGUGUCGCUCGUCGUGAACUUUGAUAUCCCGCUCACACGAGACCACCGCCCGGAUCCCGAAACGUACCUGCACCGUAUCGGCCGUACGGGUCGUUUUGGCCGCAAGGGUUGUGCUAUUAAUUUCGUACACGACAACAAGAGUAAGCAGGACCUUGCAGAGAUUGAAGAGUACUACGCGCGGCCCAUUACACAGGCUCCCGCCGAUGACAUUGAGGAACUCGAGAAGUUGCUGGCUUGGGAGUAA